AUGCUGAGAAACAUCGCCCCAGACUGUGACAGACCCUCCACCGCCAUAUCGAUCCCGCUCCAGAGUACAGGCCUCAGUGCACCGACUCCCUGGACAGAGAGCAAUACCACAGUUGAUUCCAAUGGAAAAUGCAUUUGUGAGGCAUUCCUGCCCAACAGCACAUUUCCAAUCAGAGAGCCCAUCUCGUUGGAGAACACCACAGUAGGGAUCAACCACCAACUGCAGAUCGAGUUUAGCAAGGUCUGGAGGAAUCUCAAGAACUCCAGUGGAGACCUACAGGUCUAUAUAGCAAAGAUUUUGAUUGAGUUGAUUGAGGGUGACCCUGACUCCUACAUCCAGCUUCACAUGGAGGAGGUGAAGAUCAAGAUCAGGGAGGUGGAGGCUCUGGUCGUGGAGCUGCAGAUGUCUAUACAAACCUCAUCUGCUGUGCUGGUGACCAUACACCACCAGGUAACACUUGAAACCCCUUUUUUAAUUAUGUUUGUUGAAUUUUCUCGACUGUAA